AUGACGGCAUAUACUAAUACGUCCCAAUUACAAGCUACUUCUGCAGUAAAUAGUUUGUUAUCAAGUUUACUUCCUACAGCAGACAAGAUUAAACUUAAGAAAAGUAAUAAAAAUGGAAUGAAAAAGAAAUCAACUGCCAAGGCACAACUAAUAGAUCAUAAUUUAAAGAAAAGACUCGAGUUACAACAAUUAGAUGUUCGUAAGAUAAAGAAAAGAGAAAAAAAAUUACAAAAAUCUAAGAUUAAAUUUGAAAAAUUACAAAAUGAAAAAUUUGAAAAAUUAGCAAAAUUAGAAAUAUUGAAAAAACAUCAACUUGAGAAGACUUUAACUGAUAAGGAAAAGAAAUAUUUAAAAAAUUUGGUAAAUUUGAAAUUGAAGAGCUUGAAAUCUUUUGAAAUUGUUGAUGAAGAUGAUAAGAAUGAAUUAAUAGAAUUACAAAAUUUUAUUCUAGAUAAGACGAUAAACAAUAAUGAAUAUAAAAGAAGUAAAAAUAGAAGGAAUAAAAUUAAGAAUUUCAAAGAAAAUAUCAAAUCAAAAUCUACUUCUAAUACUAACGAUGUUUCAGACCAUAGAUAUGCUGGCUUGACUCCUGGUUUAGCUCCUGUCGGUUUAAGUGACGAGGAAGAUUCAAGCGACGAAGAAGGAGAAGAAAUGGAAGACGAUUACUAA